AUGCACAAGCUGCAGGUGUUGCUGCUGGUGGUGUGCGUGGCGGUGGGCCCCAGCCUGGCCCAGAUCACCUUCUCGCGCUCGUGGGUGCCGCAGGGGAAGCGCUCGGGGGUCGCGGGGGCCCUGAUGGCCCCUGAGGGACCUGAUCACGUGGGAGACUGCCGUGACGUCACAAUAGCGGCACUUACGCAAGUCGCUGCUCACGUUUCUGACAUGCUGGAGGGGGCGAAGAGCCUCCGCCCGAAAUACACGAGGUAUAUGCCAGAGCCCCGGCAGGACUGAAACGCCGUUGCAUGUUGCAGGACCAAACAGGCCGCGGGAUGCAAUGGUAAUGACUCACCUGUUGUAGUCAGGACUCUACACUGCAUUGCUACGCUGACUCUGAAUUUUAAAUAAUUCAGUAAUUUCUAUUAUAAAAUAAGCUAAA